UUAGGAAUGGGUAACAAGAAGAAGGCUGCGGCAACCUUCAUUCGUCUUGUCUCAACUGCUGGGACUGGGUUCUUUUACGUUAAGAGGAAGCCAACUAAGAUGACUGAGAAGCUGGAAUUUCGGAAAUUUGACCCUCGAGUGAAUCGUCAUGUUCUGUUUAAGGAAGCAAAAAUGAAGUGAGAGGCCCAUAGUGUGGCAGGUGUAUGCAUUCUCAUAUACUAUGUUGGACCAAUCUUCCUUUUUUGUUUUUAUUUUUACUUAAUUUUGGGUAGACAAUACGUGAAUUAACGUGGGCUAAAUAAGUAUGACAAUUGUUGUUGUUGAUGCUAA